UUAAAAUCAAUUAAAGGGACAUAUGAUUACUUUCCAAAUGAAAAAAGAGUUUAUAGUUUUGUAAAUCAAAUUGGUAAAAGUGUUUCAGAACUUUAUGGAUAUGAAGAGAUUUCAACACCGAUUAUAGAACCAUUCGAGUUAUUUAAUAGAUCAGUUGGAGAAUAUUCAGAUAUAGUAAUGAAAGAGAUGUUUACUUUUAAAGAUUUAUCAGGUCAGGCUAUUUGUUUAAGACCAGAAGGAACAGCAGGUGUGAUUAGGGCAAUUAUAAAUGAAGGUUCAACUACUAGUACAUCACCAACUCAAAAGUAUUAUUAUAGCGGUCCAAUGUUUCGUUAUGAAAGACCACAAAAAGGUAGACAAAGACAAUUCGAACAAUUUGGUGCAGAGUUAAUUGGAGAUUCACAUCCAAGAUCCGAUGUCGAAAUCAUAGAUAUGGCAUAUCACUUUAUUGAAAAAUUGGGUAUUCCAUCAGACCAAUUCCACUUAAAGAUCAAUUCAUUAGGGGAUAAAAACUCAAUCAAAACUUAUAGCGAUGCAUUAACUGAAUUUUAUCAAGGUAAAAUCGAUAAACUAUCACCAGAUUCAAUAAAACGUCUACAAAGAGGUAAUGCAUUAAGAAUUUUAGACUCAAAAGACAAAGGUGAUAUUGAAAUCAAUAAAGAUGCUCCUCUUUUACAAAACUAUCUAUCAGAUUCAUGUAAACAAAGAUUUAAAUCAGUUUUAGAAGGCUUGGAUAACUUGGGUAUUAAAUAUCAAAUUGACAAUGGUUUGGUACGUGGUUUGGAUUACUACAGACAUACAAUUUUUGAAAUUAUAAUCUUAAAAGAUAAUUUGGCAAUUUUAGGUGGUGGUAGAUAUGACGGUUUAGCAAAUAAUAUAGGUUACAAACACAAUGAAAUUUUACCAUCUAUAGGUUGGGCAUCAGGUAUCGAUAGAAUCUUAAUAUAUAUUAAUCAAGAUAUUAUACCAAAGAAAUCAAAUCCUAUUGGUAUCGUUAUUGGUAAUCAAAUUUUUUCAGAUAGUGCAAUGAGCUUAUGUUCAAGAUUAAGAAAGAAUGGUUUUUAUACAGUGCUUCCAACUUUUAAAUUGGAUGAAGAAAAUAUGACAAAACAAUUAAAGAAAAUUUCAAAAUUUAAUCCAAAUUUUGUAGUCAUCUUUGGUGAAGAUGAAAUGAAGAGUAACUCUGUCUGCAUCAAAAAUAUGAAUGAAAGAACCCAAGAA